CAGCCUACCCGUCUUCCAGCUGACGCUCCUCCGAUCGCCACGUCAGUGACCCACUCGCGCGAGAAGCGAGGCGACAAGGGACCGAAGCGGAGGCUCCUACACGAACCCAUCGGUCCGACAAUAACGCCGCUUCUCCAGUCCUCUCCUCCCUCGAAAAAACCACAGCCCGCGGCUGCCAGCCAUGGCCACCGCCGGCGAAGAUCCCCCAGGGACACUCUCUGGCUUGUAUUACAGCAGAAAAAUCAAGGCUCCUGACCCCGUGAGUGGUCUUUCACUUCCUACUGCGAAUACGGGUCGCAGUUUGGGAUGUGGCAGUGUUACCAAGGACUCUGGAAGUUCGUAUGCUCGGAAGGUCCAAGUGAUGAAUAUCAUUUCUACUCUGUGUGAUCCCACUCCGAGUUACCUAGCGAGUGCUGAAACUAAGUUGAUCAAUGGCUCUAUCGAGCAAACUGAACAGAAGAAGGAAGUAAUAAUAAUUCUUGAUUCGGAUGAUGAAGAUGAAAGCACAGCAGGGUACCAACAGCUGACUCCUGAGAAUGAAGAAAAGGUGACACCUGAGAAAAAACAACAGUUGACACCUGAGAAAAGCAAACAACUGAUACAAUCAGAAUGGACUGGUACUCUCACCACAUGUGCGGCAACAAAAGGAAUUGACGAAGUAAUUGAAACCACGCUUGGUCGAGACCAAAACAGUCGAAUUGCUCCAUAUGGUCAAAGUGCAGCUUUAAUGACUCGGUAUCCUUGGUCCAGCUAUCAACCAUCAGCUCAUUUUGAGAGAGUUAUAUUGCACGAAAGACCUGAAGAGGAACGUAAACAAGAUCUGGCUGCUGCUAGCCAUGCGGAGAGGAUAGCAGAAACAAAAAAAAAUCUUUCUCUUCCUAAGGAGAGAGAACAACGGAAAUUGGACCUAAGCUCCCACGUAGAUGGAAAUGCUGAAACUGUGCCAAGAAAACGAAAAAAUGAAGCAAAUCCAGCAGUACUUGAUUUUCCUUCAGAAACUCACAGUCCUGUGGAGAGAAAACAACAGAAAUCAGACCUAAGCUCGCAGGUAGAUGGAGAUGCUGAAACUGUGCCAAGGAAAAGAAGAAAUGAAGCAAAUGCAGCAGUACUUGAUUUGCCUUCAGAAACUUACAGCCCUGUGGAGAGAAAACUACAGAAAUUGCACCUAAGCUCCCAGGUCCAGGUAGAUGGAGAUGCUGAAAUUUUGCCAAGAAAAAAUGAAGCAAAUCCAGCAGUACUUGAUUUGCCUUCAGAAACUUACAGCUCUGUGGAGGAGGAUGAGCCCAUGGAGGAAGAGGAUAAACCAGAAAGGGAAAGUGAUGGUCUGGAGGAUUUUUGGAACGACUUCUCACUGGCUAUCGAAAGCUCUAAGCUUGACACACUUGAAGAGGUAGCCAGUGAGAAAGAAGUGACUAAACAAGAGGUGGACACCGACUGCAAUCAUGACAUACGGAUUCAUGAAGAUCUGGGCCAUGUAUGUCGUGUCUGCGGUAUGAUUGUGAGGAGGGCUGACACAAUCAUUGAUUAUCAGUGGAAAAAGGCAUCAAGGUCAAGAUCAUAUUUCUGUGAAACGCGUUCGAAGGAUGCUGAUGAGAUAGCCAUUGGUGAUGUUAGAGUCGCUGACGAACUCACUGUAUUAGACAUUGCCAUCCAUCCAAGGCAUGCAAAGCACAUGAGACCACAUCAGUUGGCAGGUUUCCACUUUCUGGUUAAGAAUUUAGUCUCUGAGAAACCAGGAGGUUGCAUCCUAGCUCAUGCCCCUGGUUCGGGGAAAACAUUUAUGCUGAUAAGUUUCAUUCAGAGCUUCCUCGCAAAGUAUCCUUCUGCAAGGCCCCUUGUUAUACUUCCUAAAGGCAUAUUAGGUACAUGGAAGAGGGAAUUUCAACGGUGGCAAGUGGAGGACAUACCACUGUAUGAUUUCUAUUCUGUCAAGGCUGACAAGAGAGCAGACCAGUUGGAAAUCCUCAACUCUUGGCAAGCCAAAAUGAGCAUCCUAUUUCUUGGAUACACGCAGUUCUCGCAGAUAAUUUGUAGUGAUGGGGGUGGCACCGUUGCAGCUGCAUGCCGGGACAUGUUGCUUAUGGUCCCUAACCUACUGAUAAUGGAUGAGGGUCACACACCUAGGAAUCGGGAGACUAAUGUGCUAGAAUCCCUGAGCAGAGUACAAACUCCCCGUAAGGUGAUCCUAUCUGGUACACUUUUCCAGAAUCAUGUCAGAGAAGUGUUCAACAUCUUGAACCUUGUACGGCCACAGUUUCUCAAGAUGGAACGUUCUCGUCCGAUCGUUAGACGUAUAAUGUGUCAAGUGGCAAUGUCAGGUAGCAGGAUUUCAAAAGCGGUUGCUGGCAAUGUAUUCACCGAGUCAGUAGAAGAGACCCUGCUGAAUGAUGAUAACUUUGUGAGAAAAGCACACGUCAUUAGAAGUCUCAGAGAACUAACCAAAGACGUGCUUCACUACUAUAAGGGUGACAUCUUAGAAGAACUACCUGGCCUAGUAGACUUCAGUGUCUUCCUGAAACUCAGUCCCAAGCAGAAACAAAUCGUUCAUAAGUUGGAAGCCUAUGAAAAUUUCAAAGGAAGCGCAGUCGGAGCUGCACUGUACAUGCAUCCUUGUCUGUCAGAAAUUUCAGAAGUUGCUGCUGCAGAUAGGGCUAUCAACUCGACGGAUGCCACAAUUGAUAGUUUGGUCCAGUAUAUCAAUGUGACAGACGGUGUGAAGGCGAGAUUUUUCACUAACAUCCUGGUGCUUGCGAAUUCUGCAGGAGAGAAGGUGCUUGCUUUUGGUCAGUAUAUACUUCCCAUGAAGUUUUUGGAAAGGCUAUUGGUGAAGACAAAGGGCUGGCAUGUAGGCAAGGAGAUCUUUGUGAUCUCUGGUGAUACUAGUCCAGAAGAGAGAGAUCUGGCGAUGGAGCAGUUUAACAACUCUGCUGAUGCAAAAGUUCUGUUUGGUUCUAUCAAGGCAUGUGGGGAGGGUAUCUCCCUUGUGGGCGCAUCAAGAGUUGUGAUUUUAGAUGUUCACUUGAACCCGUCUGUUACCCGUCAAGCAAUUGGGCGAGCCUUCAGGCCUGGACAGCACAAGAAAGUGUUUGUGUACAGGCUUGUAGCUGCUGAUUCUCUAGAGGAAAAUUUCCAUGAAACUGCAUUCAAGAAAGAAGUCAUACCAAAGCUGUGGUUUGAAUGGAGUGAGCAGCACUGCACGUCCGAAGAAGGCUUUAAACUGAACAAUGUUGAUAUUGAUAACUGUGAGGACGAGUUGCUGGACAACAAAACUAUGCGCCAGGAUAUCAAGGCUUUGUAUAGAAGGUGAAAGCAGGCAUUGCAGAUCUUCCAAGAUUGUCAUUGUUCUGAAGGUGUUACAGUUGCCCCAUUAUGGUGAAAUGCCAGGUCUCCGCUUGAAGCAAGGAUUUGUGCUUUUCUUGCCUAUGUUUAUCGAGUGACUUGCCAUAUCUCUGUUUGUAAUCAGUUAGCAGACUACUGGUUUGUAUUUUGUGGAGUUUUAAAACUGUCGACUUGUUUCAGUUAACUUGUUUGGUAGUUCUAUUGGUGGUUGUAGUCUUAGUUUCUUUAUUAUCAUAUUAUCAAUGUUCUGGUUGUCCGUCGAAGCCUGCCAGAUUGAACACAAGCUUCCUGUAACAGACCUUGGUUCUGCAACUUCCGUUUCAAUGAGGUAGAGGGCCGUCUGGCUCCUUUCUAGAAAAAAACAUGUUUAGCGUCUGACCUCUUUUGUAGUAUGUUUUCUAGGGAACUGAUCCUAGUCUCAUUUCUUGAUCAAGGUUUCCGGAAUAAGCAAUUAUGUGGUUUUAACUU